UUUCCUACUGAUUUCGAACGAAGCCAUGAAUGCUAUUAAAAAACGACUGCAGAUGUUAAAGCUCGAGAAAGAUCUCGCGAUGGACAAAGCUGAUCUGUGCGAUCAACAGGCGAAGGAGGCAAAUCGGAAGGAAGAAAAAUUGAGAGAUGAGGUUCGCGAACUGGCGAAAAAGUUGGUGCAAAUGGAGCAUGAUCUGGAAGUGAGUAAGGCCCAACUGUUAAAAUCAAACAGGGAUCUCGAGAUAAAGGAGAGGCUAUACAUCGUGACGCAGUCGGAGCUGGCGAUACUGAAUAGAAAAAUGCAGCAGUGCAUGCAGAAUUUGGAAAAGUCGGAGGAGCGACGUUUGUCAGCUCAAGUGAAGCUCGCGCAAGCCAUGGAGACUGCUGAAGACGCAAAACGCAUCUGUAAAGUCCUGGAGAACAGGAGCAAGCAGGAUGAAGAGAGGAUGGACCAACUGAUGGCACGGUUGAAGGAAGCGAGGCUCAUCGCUGAAGACGCUGACACUAAAUCCGAUGAGAUUUCGAGAAAAUUGGCGUUCGUCGAAGAUGAGCUCGAAGCUGCGGAAGAAAGAGUUAAAUCGAGCGAAGCGAAAAUUCUCGAGAGAGAAGACGAGUUAUUUAUCGUUGGCAAUAUAUUUAAGUCCUUGGAGGUGUCCGAGGAAAAGGCUAACCAAAGGGUGGAGGAAUUUAAAGCGCAGCUGAAAGAAUUAAAGGUGAAACUGAAAACUGCCGAAAAGCGUGCCAUAAUUGCUGAGAAAACUGUCAAGAUAUUCACGAAAGAAUUGGACAAGAGGGAAGAUUAUCUGCUAAAAGAAAAGGAAAAAUACAAAUACAUAUGCGACGAUCUGGACUCGACGUUUUCGGAGCUCACGGGAUAUUAAACGGACUUUGCCGAAAUCGAUUAUACAUCGAUUAUAAUCAAGAGAUUUGCAUUUACGUAAAAACAUAAAUCUAAAUUCUCACUUUUAAUGAAAUAUCUUAUGAGGUUUGCCCAUAAAAUCGACCCCGUGUUACUUUACACGAUAUCAAUUUAUUUAAUCGAUUCUACGAUCGACACAAUGCAUCGUCGAAAUGCCGUACCACAGAUUUAAUACAGUUUAAAUUUAAUCGACAAUUCGUUUUAAUCGUACAACCUCCGAUCGCAGAACGGAGAAAGAAUUUGCGAGCUUCCUUUCGUUUCACGGAACUCUUUUGCGAUGACUUUUGCGCAAUCUCGCGCCACUGAUUGGACCGUCCGCGCCACACUCGCGCCGGUAUAAGCUUUCCCUCCCUCUAUAACGACGUUUAAUUAAUCGUAGUUACAGUAACAAUUGUCCAUUUGAUUUGUUCGCUCGCCCCCUCCAUCCACAUACAGGUAGACGCAACAAUUAAGGUAUAUUCUUCGAGCUGUAGGGAUUAUCGCAUAUGGUGACGGAGGAUGCACCGAGUUGUGUCACUGCAUGUCAUCCUUCGAGGACCGUGUAAUUUUUCGCGGUAUAUAAUGUAAAAAUCGACCAAAAGUACCUUAGCGCGACGAGAUCUUUAAGUAUCAAAUUGCAAUCGGAUAAAUGGCGAGAUUCCGCCUACAAAUAAUCUAAAUUAGCUUUGUGAAAAAUUGCCUAGUAAAAAAUUCGUUGAUCGGGCUUGUUCGAGAUCGUUGAUCAGUCAUUGAAUACUUUUAUAUAUUAGACGAUUAUGUCUUACACGAUUAUGACAACGAAGCAAACUGGUCCCUGAAAGGUUUACGGCAAGAUACUGACAGAACUCGGUCGGUCCGU